GGCCGGCAUCCACCGCCCCUUGUCGCGCGCAGGUGGCUGCGGCAGCACGAGCGGGUGGAGCGGCUGAACAUGCAGGCGGUGCUGAGCGCCAGCGCGGGCCGGGACCAGCUGCUCGCCGAGGUCCUCAGCAGCCGCGCCAAGAUCCCUGUCCUUAUUGAAGAAUUGAUCUCUGUGGAGAUUUGGAAGCACAAAGUCUUCCCUGUUUUGUGCCGGCUUAAGGAUUUCAAACCAAAAAGCACCUUUCCCAUCUACUUAGUGCUACAUCAUGAAGCUUCCAUUAUCAACCUGCUGGAGACAGUGUUUUUUCACAAGGAAAUCUGUGAAUCAGCUGAGGAAACCAUUCUGGACUUGAUUGAUUACAGCCAUCGGAAACUGACCCUGCUUGCAGCUCGGAGUGCCAAUGGAGAGAUACCAGACCAGGAAAAGCUUCAGCCUGAGGACUUAGCCAAUGUUUCAUCCAUGCAGGAGCUGCAGAAGCAAGCUGAGAUGAUGGAGUUUGAGAUCUCUCUGAGGGCCCUGUCUGUGCUCCGAUUCAUCACCGACCAGGUAGAGAGUCUUCCACUGAGUGCACUGACACGGAUGCUGAGCACACACAACCUGCCCUGCCUCUUUGUAGAACUGUUGGAGCACUGUCCAUGGAGCCGCCGCACGGCAGGCAAGCUAAAGAAAUUUGAGAAUGGAAUGUGGUAUGUGGUGCCCCCUGAAGAUCAUGCAAAGAUGACUAAGCUGGAUGGCCAGGUGUGGAUUGCCCUCUAUAACCUCCUCCUGAGCCCAGAAUGCCAGCGGAAAUACAACUUUGAUAGCUUCAGUAAAAGCCAGCUCCUAAAGCUCCGUACAUUCUUGACUGAUGUCCUCAUUGAUCAGUUGCCAAAUCUGGUGGAGAUGCAGAGAUUUCUGAGCCACCUUGCAGUGACAGAGCCUGUUCCACCCAAAAAGGACCUCAUCUUAGAGCAGGUUCCUAUCAUAUGGGACCGCAUCAUCAAAGAGAACUCAGGGAAAUGGCAGGCAAUUGCCAAGCACCAAGUGAAGCACAUGUUCAGCCCCUCUGAAGAAGAGCUGAAACAGCAGGCAUGCAGAUGGGCGCAGACGUACAACCUGGACGUGAUGGAGGCUCUCGUCCCUGAGAAACCCAAAUGUGGGAUGUGUGGCUCUGAGGCAGCAAAGCGCUGCUCUCGCUGCCGGAACGAGUGGUACUGCAAACGGGAGUGCCAAGUGCAGCAUUGGCAGAAGCACAAGAAAGCUUGUGACCUCGUGGCUGAUGCUGUGAAGAAAAUAGGGGACCUGAACAUUCAGCCAUAGUUGCAGCACCCAACUGCAGUCUUCCUGAAGCAUAUUCCUCCUCCAAGAUCUCCCAGUGUACAGAGCACACAAGGCUUCAGAGAGUCCCCAGUUCCAAGUAGGACAGGCAGCUUCUUGUUCAUCUGAGUUAGUGUGCCAGGCCUCAGCUGGAUGCUGCUCUAGAAGAGGCUUUCUCUGGGUCUAAGAGACGUACGGAACAUUGAGGUCUCCAACCUAAGGAGUAUCAGAAAGACCCAGUGACUCAGAGAGCACCUUUGUGGUCCUCCAGGCCUGUGAGUAGUGCUUUCUGCUUUCCACUCCUUUUGGGCCUCAGGGCCCUGUUGCCGCCUGGUCUGAUUUUAGCCGUACAUGAGCCACUUCAGAUCUCAGUUUUACAGUCAGUGCCCUCCAUACUCCACAACACUGAAACAAAUGCACUUUGCAGAGAGAGUUCAGCAGCAGGGUACCAGCUAGUGAAGAUGGCAAGUUAGGAACCAACCCCUAGUGUACUGCUUAUAGUGCCUGUUGCUAGGACCAUAGUGAGACUUUGGAGGCCUGCAGGAGCCUCACUAGCCUCAGAGCUUGCCUGUUCAGGUCUCUCAAGAGUCCCAUUUUCUCCAAUAAAUGCCUUGAAUCGUGAA